AUGCCGGCCAAUUUCACUCCUAGACUAGUGGACAUUACCAAGGCGCUCGCGUCUCCUGGCAAUGUCAACAUCAUCGGGGUCGUGGUCGACGUGAUGCCCGGUGUUUGGAAGUCUCGGGGCUCCUCUACCUGCAUUACCUUCACGAUCAAAGACUCCAACCUGGGAAAUGGUCAUACGUGGGACGGGUUGAAGGUCAAAUACUUCAGGGAUAACGAGGAUAGUCUGCCACCCGUCAAAGUGCAUGAUGUAAUCCUGCUGCGCAAUUUAUGGGUCCGGUCAUUACAAGGCGGAACUCUGGGAGUGGCUGCGCAGGAUCGGGACAUCCCAUGGGCCAUUUUCCGUCCAGACCCGAAUCCAAUGGCCAGAUCCUCGCCGAUCUGUGGCCCCCAGCCCUUUGAGCCUGAUGCUGUCGAAAGAAGGAAGGCCCUAUCUCUGCUGGACAAAGUCGCUAGCAUUCAUGACUUUCGCAAAGCUUCGGUGGAAGCCCGUCCUCCACCUUCCUAUGUGGUUCAGACCUCAGCGCCGAACUCUAGAUCAUACAACCGCAAGAAAUUCUCGCUGAUCAAAGAUAUCCAAGAGCAGACCUUCGUUGACUUAGUCGGGGAAGUGAUCAAGAUAUACCCCAAUGACAGCGAGAAGGCCUUGCUUUACCUGACCGACUACACUUCCAACAAGGAUCUGCACGACUAUUCGCCUGACAAUGGCGAGGACAACGGCGAAGGCUGCGAAGGAGACACCUUUAACUACCAGAGACGAUUUCGAAAGAAAUGGACGGGGCCCGCUGGGCAAUUGUCUCUCCCGGUCACAUUAUGGGAGCCACACGCAGCGUACGCCCGUCAGCAUAUCAAGGAGGAAGAUAUCGUUCUCUUGUACAACGUCCACAUCAAAAAGAAUCGCGUCAAUGGGAGAUUGGAAGCUACCGUCCACACCAACCGAACCAACCCUCUGGCGGCAAACGUGGUCGUCGUGCAACCUCACAAGGACGUGCGAGCCCAGCAGUUGAUCGACCGGAAAACCGCAUACUGGGAAUCGCACCCCCGAAAACGAAAGCCCGCUGAGGAAGACAACCAGAAGGCUCCCAAGAAGGUCAAAUCAAAGACGCGGAAGAAGGAAGCCCUUGCGGACGGCCAACAGCCUCUGGCCCCGCCCGUCACCAACCGGAGUCGCUACGAAGCAAACCCUAACGUACGUGCUGGCAACCCGUCAGUUCCCACCCGGAGUCUCGAAGCUAUAAUCGCCUCUGAAGAGCAUACCAACCGGUCACCGGACAACAUCGAAUACCGCUUUCCCUUCCAGAACUUCUGCUAUCGAACAAAAGUCCGCGUGGUCGACUAUUUUCCUCAUGACCUGGAAGACUUCUCGGUCCCAGUUCCCAGAGCCUCAUCACAUGAAGACAGUGACAGAGAACAUAACGACUUCAUGACUUGGGAGUGGCGUUUCUGUCUCCUAGUUGAAAGUAUGCCCCCGCCCCCAGCAGGACAAGCCAAGCAACAAAUCAGAUUGUUCGUGUCCAAGGGCGAGGCAGUGUACCUCCACGGCAUUGAUGCGGUAGAGAGAAAUCCGGUCGACCUUGCGAAUCUGCGAGAAAAAUUGUUCCAUGUCUGGGGCAAUCUAGAGGAACUUAAACGAGCGGCCAGAGAGAAAGGCGCUGAAGCAUCACAUAAUCUAGGUGCAUUAUCUCAGCAACCGUUCAAUUGCUGCAUUCAGGAAUAUGGGGUCAGGUGCAGGCAUCGCAUUGACACAGUCGAUGUCGACGACGACGGCGGCGACGACGGCGGCGGCGAUGUUGCCCCGGCAUGUACCCAUGAGGACUGCUUUGGCUGGGAGAGGCGGUUUGCGAUGUUCAUGACCACAAUCGAGGCUUGA